CCAUAAUCAACUUUUUUUUUACAAAACCCUUCACCUCCAUCUGCAUAAUUAUGGACUGUUCCUGAAUUAAUGGAGAGGGACAAUAACAACAAAAAUGGCGACGUCAACUUAUUGACAUUAACAGGCCGUACACGAUAUCGACAUGGCGGACGGCCAUGCAGAAGAACUUCUAGACAUUGCAAGCAUAGAACAUCAACAGAGAAUUAAUCCUUUUGACAUCGAAACUCCGACAGAGACGGCCAAGGGAAGCAACCCGACCCGGCCUUGCUUGAAACGGGCUGGUAGCGAUCCCUCAGCAGCCAAGAGAACUGUUAUCGGUCAUUCGCAAUCUGAUCGUCCUGAUUAUGUCACCACGACCGGGGCCCGCCCCCGCGAUGUGUCGACUCACUCAGGUGGAGAGAGGGUCCGAGCAAGAACCCGCACGCGCCACACGCACGCCAUCCAUCCGUUGUACGUGUCUCGUGCAACAGGUGAAUCUCGCUACGGAAGUGGAGGAUUACGCACAGUCGACAUGUCCCAAGGUCCAGACUCUGUCAGUUCGUUGAUGUCCUCACCAGACCGGUUCCUGGCCUCUCAGGGUUCGCCGUACUUGUCACAGCUCAUGUCGGUGGUGCAGUCCAUGGAUGAUGGCCUUCACCACAAGAACAUCAAGAUGUCGCGCCGCCUCCCCAGCUGGAUGUGGUAUCUCCUGGCGCGGUCACUCGGCAUCAAACUCAACCCUCUGGACAAACCCAUAUUUGCUACGUUGCUACACAUCAUCACCCUCACAGCCGCCGUGACGUUUGGAAUUACUGGUGCUUGGUACAAUGUGUGUGAUAUUCUGAGUGAAUACUCCAAGACAACAGUUCUUAUCGGCACAGUAACCAUGAUGAUUGGCUUUGGGUGGAUCCUGCUUGGGGUUUAUGCACACAAACUGGCCGGGAAAUUGUUCAGUAACAAAAACUUUGCAGAGAGUGUGCGCAUGCAUUCAAAGACGUUCCUGAAGAUCAGCACUGCUGGUCUUAUGUCUAUCCUUGGGUUAGGGCUUGUGGGGAUCAACUCGUAUGAUGGUUUUGACCUGUUCUUCAGCUCUUCUUGUACCAAGAUACAGCUGCAGCCGAUUGUGUGUCACAUCCAGUUUGUGUCAAAGACAUUCUACGCGUUGCUUUGCGUCCUGUGGACUCUUCUGGUGGGCUUUGUCAUGCUGUCCGUUUGUCGAACACAUACUAUAGGUGUUCGUCGGUUUAUGCGUGAAAUGACAAUGGAUGCCAAGGUGUAUGAAGCCUUCUGGAUGGAGCAGGUGUUGGGGCAAGUCCCCCUGAAGCAGAAGGAAGGGGACCAGCAAGUCGAGGAGGAGUGGUUCAUCUGGGAUGAUCUUGCCAUGAACAGCGACUUCGACAAUGACGUGGUGACGUCCCAAGGGGUGUUUCUCGAAUCGAUUUGUGGACCAACAUUUUCUCCUGUGAGAUCUCGCGGUAGCCGGUGCCGGGCCAGGUCGGAACCCAUCACUGACCACUCAAACACGUCAAGAGAGAAUGAUGUCAGAUCAGCAGAGGAGGCUGACAGGGAGCAGAAGGAAGAAACGGAGGAGAAGAAGGAGACCAACGAUGAGUCAUGUGACGUCCUGGCAGUUCCGCCCAUCAUGUCCAACGACAGUCUGCUGUUCUCGUACUGGAAAAUGUCACGGCGGCUGGCAGUGACAUCUCGGUUCCUGCAGCGGUGGCUGUCUAGCUGGAUUGCAUUCAUCUUCAUCUGGUGUGCUGACUACAUCAUAUUCUGGGCCAACCACAGCGCCACCCUCACCGGCAUCCUGCAGUUCGUUUUCCCCCUCCUCGUCCUUCUGCUGAUCUGCUCCGCCUAUGCAGAGGUCAACGCUGAGGGUCAGAGGCUCAUCAAGUGUAUCUGCCCAACGGAGAGGCGGCUGCGCCUCUUGCAGUUCUUCAUCCAGCAGCCGUUGCAGAUGCAGGUGUUCAGCUUCCCCAUCACAUACAACGCCAUCCUAGGUGUCAUCCUGGCAUUCUCUGUCGCCUUUGCCUCUCGGAUCGUCCUGGACGAAGUCUUGUAAACUCUGCAUGCAGGCGCCAUUCCAUGCUCAAUGUCCUCGCACCAGGAGGAUACGUGUUUCAAUUUAGUGAAAAAGGGAGAUAACUGCAAACAACCUUUUUGUUCAUUAAAUGUUCUGUGAUCUUGAUCUUUUCAUAUGAAUAUGUACAAAGAUUGAUGUGUUGUGUCAUGUAAAUAUGUACAAAGAUUGAUGUUGUGUCAUGUGAAUAUGUACAAAGAUUGAUGUUGUGUCAUGUGAAUAUAUACAAAGAUUGAUGUUGUGUCAUGUGAAUAUGUACAAAGAUUGAUGUUGUGUCAUGUGAAUAUAUACAAGGAUUGAUGUUGUGUCAUGUGAAUAUGUACAAAGAUUGAUGUUGUGUCAUGUGAAUAUGUACACAGAUUGAUGUUGUGUCAUGUGAAUAUGUACAAAGAUUGAUGUUGUGUCAUGUGAAUAUGUACAAAGAUUGUUAUCUUACCUACAUGUCAGAAUGUUGAGGUCUGAUUGGUUCACAUGAUCUCCCGGCUGGGAGGAAAAUAAGUUUCUGAGUGGGAGAAUAAAUCCCUUAUACCCCACCACAAAGCGAAAGGACGCACAUUGUUUACAAAUCAAUGAAAAUGAAACUCAGCACAAGUCAACUUCAGCUCAAUCGAACAGCUGUUUGCCAUCAAGUUCAAUUAUAGAAACAAUAGCAGAUUGAAACAUGUAAAUGGUAACCAAUGACGUUACAAUGGUCUGCAAAGCAUUGUGAAGCAAUUUCAUUGCAGCGAUAUCUACAAUGUAGGUAUCGCUUGAUCUCACCUAAGUGAUAUUUCCUUACAUGAUAAAUGUACAUACUGUGUGUACAUCGAAACAUUCCACACGACCAAUGGAGUCUUUUACAUGCAUAUUCAUCUAUUUAUAAGUUACCCAAAUGAAAUUUAAAGAAUACUUUUAAUGAUAUAAAGUAUAUUUUAUUCUAACUGUAACUUGAGGGUUUUGUAGUGUUCAUGUUACAGGCCUGACAGGGUGGUCUACCACAUCAUUCCAGUGUUUUACUGAGCAAUUUGUCAACUGUUUUAUUACAAUGACUGAGUUCACUGCAAUGUUUUAUUGUUGUUGAUAUAGUGAUGAAUGUGGAGGUGAUUUGUACCUGUGUUUCUGUCAGGGUCGUAGUGCGAUGUUCCUGCAGUGAAGGGGGCACGGGUGGCCCAGUCAUCUAAGGCGCCACGCUUCGCUGUGGAGAGUUGCGUCCCUUGGGCAUGCUAGAAAUCUAUGAUUGUAGGUUUGAAUCCCGGUUCGCUCCGAUUAUCGAUUAUGUUUCUAGGUUUGGCAGCACCAUACCCGUGCUCAUGGGUUUCACCAAAGUGGUAAACGUUUGACACCUGCAUCACUUCGGGCUUUCCUCCCACAUUAAGCUGACACGCCAUAAUAUAACUAAAAUACUGUUAAAGCGGCGUUAAGCCCAACUCACUCACUCACUCACUCACUCACUCACUCACGCAGUGAAACAUUUACUCACUCACGCAGUGAAACAUCUCAUGCUGAACAUGUCCAUCGUUUAGUUCAUGGGUUAUUGGUGUGUAUCCAGAAAGUUGGUUUAAUCCUCUCUUUAUGUGAUGUAGGCGAUGGUUGCCACUGUCAUUGCCAGGAACAGUCAGUACAAUAACACAGAUCUGUAUUUACUGGAAACAUGAUUGAAUGUUGUAAGAUGAAUUCAAUAUUUUAUUCCUGAAAUAUGUUUAGCUUUGCCCUUCAACACAAGGAAUCAGAUUAUCUUUUCAGGAUUAAUACAAAUUGCCCAUCUAUUCUUGCCAAUGUUGAUUGGUCAACACAUACUGUUUGAAUCAGAUUCUGGGUCUCUUUAAUACAAAAUACAUGAAUGUGCACUAAAUGUGACACAAGACCCUUUGUUUGUAAGCCCUGAGCUGUUUUGUCACACAACAGACUUCCAGUCUCCACAUCGAACCAAGCUAAAAGUCCACAUGCCUUUUCCCACCAUGACACCUGAAUUUGUUCAAGAGGGUUGAAUCCGAAUUUCUAUAUGGCCACCACAUGGAGAAGCUACUUAUGGUAUAAUGUGAUGUCACUUCUUUUUUUAGAAUUUUAUUCUUUAGUUGCUUUUAUCAACAUUUUACAGGAAAACAAAAUAACAAUGGCCUCCAUGUCAUAUGAACUAACAUGGAUCUCUGUACAUAUAGAACAGCACUGGAGUGGAAACGUGUAUAUAGAUUCUGAAAUAUAUAUAGAAAUAUUAGUUGUAAGAUAUGGUGCAGUCUUCUGUAUUGGAACCAUUGUAAACUAGCAUCUUUAGAACAUCUAAUGGGAAUUACAUUGUAGUGUGGCCAAUCAUGGCAUCUUGUAGGAUGAAGACACAGUUUGUCAAGUGUUGAAUAUUUUGGCAUAACACACUUAUCAACAGUUAAUAGUAAUAUUGAGUUCCUGUUGAAAUUCAAGAGUUAUUGAAUCUAAAUUUCUAUAUGGUUGCCAUAUGGAAAAAGCAACUUAUGGCCAUAAAGAGGUUUCAUUUUAAAACAUUUGUUGUUCUGACAAAAAUGUUGACAUUCCUAUGAUUUCACUGGGAACUGUACUGACUGAUCACUAUAUGUAAGGAGCUAGCAUAGUUUCUAAUGGCUCUUACAUCGUUAGUUAAGACUCCAUUUGCUUUGUACUGAAAAUAUUUUUUCUGUAGCUUUGUCGCUUCGUUGACAAUACAGCCAUUUAACACUACGGUCAUCCGGUAUCGUAUUCAUAGUAUUCCAGCCUACAAAGCCCAAUAUUUAUGUGGGAGGCAUCACACAUCAUGUCUAUGAGUGGGCAGUCAUUGACUGUCCCAUACAUCCAAGAAUUUGUUCCGCAGCAGUAGCCUUGUUGCUAUUGUGUUCUCUCAUCACCCCGUAGACCUGGGUGUUUUUUGUUUGUUUGAUUGUUGUUUUAACGCCGCACUCAGCAAUAUUUCAGCUAUAUGAUGGCAGUCUGUAAAUAAUAAAUCCUGGACCAGACAAUCCAGUGAUUGAGCAUCGAUCCACGCAAAUGGAAUACGAUGACAUGUAUCAACCAACUCAGCAAGCCUGAGCCCCCAAUCCCCUCAGUCGCCUCUUAUGACAAAUGUAGUCGCCAGGGUCUGUGGGACAGAUUAGCAUCCUUGCGACUGUGCUUCCUAUGUACUUGUAUGCAGUGCAAUACCAUUGGAUGAUGUUCUCAAUUGUUUUAUAUCAAACAUUUUUUAUCUGUGUCAAAAUUUGUCAUUAAAACCUAUCACCUGA